AUGGCAGAUUCGCCAACGACAGUCGGUGCGGCCUCAGAGACUGAGCCUCUCACUCGACUCAAGAAGUCCACUACAAAGCCCAAGCUCAAGGGCAAGUCCAGCAAGAGCAUUCUUUCAGGUCCAGCUUUACCGACCUCCGCGGACGCUCCAGAUGGUUCAAGCGAGCAGCUCGCCGAAGGAGUGCUUCAAAAGGAGGAUGGGCAUAUUCUAGAGGUUCCUGAGGACGGCUGGGGGAAGCCUACUUCCCAAGGAAUGGCUUCUCGUGGCUCGGUUACUCUAGUACCCGGGGGAAAAGUCCUUAUUCCGGCGGACCACUUCCACAACACCUUUUUCGAGCCCAACGUUCAGGCAAUCAUCCAGUACUUGUUGAUCAACUUGACAAGCCCCCUCUACUUCUUGUACAGGCUGACCUCCAUUCUCUGCGGCGCAGAGCCUGGUGAGGAAGGGUCCAGCAAGAGUAUUUGGGGCACGCUGAAGAAGAACGCUGUAAAGCAGUGGUUCUACAUGUGCCCCUUUCAAACAGCCAUCAAUACGAGUGUACUGGCAUGGCUUCUGGCAAAGGCUUCAAUCCCCACGACCGAGGUCUUCUUGCCUUUGUGGUUCCAGGCUGGGAUGAGUUUGUCUACAGCGGCAACCAGGAAUUUGGAUUCGCGCGAAUGGGAAGGCAUGAAGGAAGGCAUUGGUAGAGAUUUUCAAAAAAGGCUCAGCACGAGCCUGAACAUAAGUGACGAGCAGCUUGUGAAGGUACUGUGCAAGGUCUUUGAAAGCAUUGAUAACCAAAGCUAUAACUGGAAGCUUGAACGAUGGCAGUACUGCGUAAUGCUUCUGGCACUCGUUUGUCGCGGUCAGAUCUCGUGGUCCAAUUUCAACACAGCCAUGGAACACGCUCAGCAAAUCUUGCUUUUGAUUGAUCUCCAUCGCAAGCUUGUGAACUGCGCGCAUGGCUCUCUCGAUCAGCGCAUGAUGCGCCUCAAGGAAUUGACAUGGACCAUCACCCUCACUGAGAAGCUCUCGGAAGAAGAAGACCAGAGGCUUAACUUUUUCAUGUCAGACUAUCAGGAACAGUAUCGGAACCGGCAAGCAGUGCAUUUGGACAAGCUCGCCGAGCAACUUCUGGUGGGCUGGCCGGAGGUUGAUGCGGGAUGUCUCCAAUGCAUCCUGACUGUAGCACGAAUCCUGUGGAGUGUUUUGGCGCUUUGUUUAGGGUACCUGGCGGCCAUCGCGCCCGAUUUUGUGCGUGGCAAGGAGCUAAACUUUCACUUGCACUUGCCAGAGGACAGCUGGAGUAAGGUGGUUGCCAUCGUGUUUCUGUCCAUGAUGUACUUGCAUUUCUAUGUCUGCUUCAUCUACCCUCGUGGCAUAAUGCUGUUGUUCACUGAAAUGUCCAAGGCAUACCGGAUCUUCAGCAUCAUGCUUACAGAUAAGGCCGCUGCAAGGGCUCUCUGUGUGCCAUAUGUUCGAGUGGAUGUGCCUGAGGACAUCUUGAACUGGUAUGAGCUGUACAGCUAUUUCAUCUUGAGCACAAAGCGCCGGAAGUUUAGUUUGGAGUUCUCCUUUGCCUUCAACCUCUUGACGGUCAUCUGCUUGUCGUCCAUCACCACGUGGGAGAUUGUGUUUUUCGUAAAGAGCUGGCAUCCUGGCAUCUUGUUUUGUGAGACGAUAGUGAUCCUUGUCUCGUUCUUGUUCUUCUCCAUGCCUCCGCUCUUCAUGGGUCUUCGAGUUAACAUGCUGCGGCGCCGCACUGUCGACUUGCUGCUUGGCCAUGCUGGUGAGGCCCGCGCAUAUCUCCACUACAGAACCAAGCACGAGAUCAACCGCGGGGAGCAGAAAACAGACGUUGAGAGUGGUGAGGACCAUGCAAUCUACGUGGCCGAGAUGAUCGCCAACAGGUUGCGCUUGGACUCGUGGCUCGUGGUGCGAACAAUGGGUGUGGAGUUGACGAUAGGUCAGUUCACAGCCAUUGCCUCCCUCAUGUCAACAGCAAUUGCCUAUGCUGUUCGGAACGCCGACUGGCAGAAUAUCUUAAGCAGGCUCGACACCUACGGGCUGUAG